AUGAUCGAACGAUUAAAUAUAAGAAAACAACAAGAUAAUGAUAGAAAAAAGAAUGAAUUAUUUUCUAUUUUAAAUAAUCUAUCAAAUUCAUCUACUAAACAACAAAAAUCGUCAUUAAAACGUCUUUCAACAAAUUCAAAAUUAAAUAAAAAAAAUCGUUUAAUACAAUUAUUUUUUCCUACUCGUUCGCGCAUUAAACUUCAUCAAUCUCAAUUACCAACUAAUAAACAAACAAUUUCUCCGCUAAACGAACAAGUUGCAAAAUUAAAUCAACGUGCUGUUGAUGUUAGAACUGGUAUUGAACAUAGUAUUUCAUCAUUACAUACUCAACGUUUACAACAUUUAACUACCUUAAAUGAAAAAACACGAGAUCUUGAAAGAGCUGCUAUUGCUUUUGAACAUUCAUCAUCAAAACAUCUUAAACAAGAACUUGAUAAAACAAAAAAAUUAUCAUAUCUAUUUAAAAUAGCUAUUACUCUAUGUUGCAGUUUAUUUUCAUUUAUGAUUGGUUAUAUGAUUAUUCAAAUAAUGCGAGAUAAAGGAAUCGUAUAA